UAAUUUUGAAAUUAUUAUAAUCACACAAUGUCGUUGGAAAAACUUGAUGAACUGAAGACCAGAGUAUCUGAAUUCUGACAAGAAAACCCAGCCCAAGCUGCUCUCAUUGGUGUAGGAGUUGUAACUGUUGGCUAUGUUGCUUAUAAAUAUUUAUGGAAAACCAAGAAUCGAGCCCAAAGAAGUAAAGGAAGCACAGACAACCCUGAAGAUAUUAUACAGACAGAAGGAGAUACAUUGAAAGGAGAUGAAGAAACUAAGGAAGACAGAAAACUUCCUCCCAAAAAGACAGUACACGAAUCAGAUUCCGAAGACGAGCCUGUUAUCCUCAAGCAAGCUAUCAAACCUUGUAGGGAUCAAAGCGGAAUCCUAGAUAAAACUACUUUGAUAAAAAUCUUUGAUAAAAGAAGUACGAUUCGUGGUAUUCGGAAGCUAGAUAGAGUCUUCAGGGAAAAGAGAAGACAGAAUUUUGAUAAUACAUCGGAAUACAAAUAGCAUCAUCAGCUACUAUCAUAAUGAAAUAGAAAGAAGGAGAGAGGUUAACCUUGAGUAUAUCUGCAGAGCUCUCAGCAUCACAAUUGAUGACAUCGAGAAUUCACAAGAGAAAUAUUUCGGAGAUAGAAAUCUUGCUUUUGAGCUUGGCAUCAAGGAAUACCAAAGAAUUGAAGUUCCAAAGUGGCUAACCCUCGACAUUGCUCUCCAAAUCUAUGAUGAUAUUAAAGAUAUGCUACAAACAGAACUUAUCCAGCUCAAUUGUAAGACAGGAAUUGAUGAGGAAGCCAGAGAAUUAGAGAUGGCUUUCAUCCAGUACAAAGUUCAGGAUACACUAUUCUUCAAGCAUAAGGUAGAAGAGGAACAUAUUAAAAAGGUCCUUCAUGAUAACGGAAUUCAGUAAACUUAGAGCAGUCAACUAUAAGUUUUUGUUAUAUUUUUUACCGGAAAAUCUAGUUCCCAGAAAUCAAAAAAUUUUAGCUUAGUGUUUACUUGAAAGUAAGUAAGUCUGAUAUGGGCUAGUACAAUUCUAGCUGGUCGGCAGCAACUCAAUUGCUUAAAUUCGUUCUGUCAUUCCACCUCAAAGUCAAAACCUGCCAGGGACCCACCCUGGCAGCCACAUUGGGCUCAAAGCUUCCUUCCAGCUCAUUCUACUCAUGAUUUGGGUUUAUUUUAUUAUUUUGGUCUA